AUGGCGUCGAGACCCGGAGCUCUGACGGAGUGGCCAUGGAGUCGUCUUGGUAGCUUCAAGUACCUCUUGGUGGCCCCGUGGGUGAUGUCAAGCAUACACUCGUACGCGACGGUUAAGGACGAGGAGAAGGACCUCGGGAGGCUCUUGAUUGUGGUGCUGAUGAUGUGGCGAAUAGUUCACAGCCAGAUAUGGAUCAGUGUGUCGCGUCAGAGAACGGCCAUGGGGAGGAAGAAGAUCGUCGACAAACCCAUCGAGUUCGAGCAAGUUGACCGAGAGCGCACCUGGGACGACCAGAUCCUCUUCAACACUCUCCUCAUCUACAUCGCCAACAUCAUCCUCCCAGGCUCCGCCUGCCUCCCCGUUUGGAGACUAGACGGAGUCAUUUUCAUGGCUCUUCUUCACGCUGGCCCCGUAGAGUUCCUAUACUACUGGUUCCAUAGAGCUCUCCACCACCACUUCCUCUACUCUCGCUACCAUUCUCACCACCACUCAUCCAUCGUCACUGAGCCCAUCACGUCUGUGGUGCACCCCUUCGCCGAACACAUCGCCUACUCACUUCUCUUCUCCAUACCUUUAGUAACGGCGUCCCUUUGUGGGGUACUCUCCAUUGUUUCCCUCAUUGCAUACAUUACUUACAUUGACUUCAUGAACAACAUGGGACACUGCAACUUCGAGAUUUUCCCUAAGCGUCUCUUCCACUUCUUCCCUCCCCUCAAAUUACUCUGCUACACUCCCUCGUUCCACUCGCUCCACCACACUCAGUUCCGGACCAACUACUCUCUCUUCAUGCCCAUCUAUGACUAUGUCUAUGGGACUACUGACAAGGGGGGUGAGUCCCUGUAUGAGAGAUCGUUGGAGAGAGAAGAAGAAUCACCUGACGUCAUCCACCUCACUCAUCUCACCACACUCGACUCCAUCUACCAAAUGCGUCUUGGCUUCUCGUCCCUCUCCUCUCGCCCAUUGUGGUCUCGACCUCCAUGGUACAUCACUUACUUCAUGUGGCCCUUCACACUCCUCUUCUCCUUUUUUCUCACAUCCGCUCUCUCCUCUCGCACCUUUGUUUUUGAGCGAAACCGUCUCCGUAACCUCACCCUUCACUCUCACCUCCUUCCCAAGUUUUCCUUCCACUAUAAAUCUCAGCGCCACCGUGAGGCCAUCAACAAUAUCAUAGAGGCAGCUAUCCUUGAAGCAGAUGAAAAGGGUGUGAGAGUAAUGAGCCUUGGCCUGAUGAACAAUAGGGAGGAGCUAAACGGGUGUGGAGAUAUGUACGUGCAAAAGCAUCCAAAGCUGAAGAUAAAAUUAGUGGACGGAAGCAGCAUGGCAGCUGCUGUAGUGGUCAAUAGCAUUCCAAAAGGAACCACAGAAGUUAUGUUUAGAGGCAAACCCACAAAGGUUGCUUUGGCUAUUGUCUUUGCUCUAUGCCAAAGAGGCGUCAAGGUGGUGGUGUUACGCGCGGAGGAACACAACAAAAUCCUCAAACCUGGGGUCAAUAUCAAAAAUCUGUUACUGCACACGAGCAAGAAUUACUCCCCCAAGGUGUGGUUGGUGGGGGAUGAAAUAAGGAAAGAAGAGCAGAUGAAGGCAAAAGAAGGAACACUCUUUAUUCCCUUCUCUCACUUACCGCUCCAUGAACUUCGUGAGGACUGUCUCUACCAUUCCACUCCAGCUAUGCUUGUUCCCAAGUCUGCCCAAAACAUCGACUCCUGCGAGAAUUGGCUGGGGAGGAGAGUGAUGAGUGCGUGGAGAGUAGGAGGCAUAGUGCAUGCACUUGAGGGUUGGGAGGAGCAUGACUGCGGCAACACUCGCAACUUCUUCCAUCUCCAAGUCAUCUGGGAAGCUGCUCUCCGCCAUGAUUUCCGACCUAUCCUUCUCCCAUCAUCUCAUCUCUGA